GGCUUUUACCAACCAUGUCGGGCUUGAAGACGGCGUUUCGCCACUACCAGCAGUACGCAAAGGCGCCCGUGCCGGGCUGCAGCAUCGCGCACGUCGACGACAACGUCUUCCACGUGAGCACGCGCCUCGUCGACGGCAUCUUUCGCGGCGUCACGGUGCACUGGGAGCUCACGAUCCCGCCGUCGUACCCGCACUCGCCGCCGUUUGGGCGCAUCCUGCCCGACUAUGGCUUUACGCACGAGUACCACUCGCACGUCUUUCCCGACGGCAUCUGCGUCGACGUGCUCGCCAACCACGAGUACAUGCACCAGAGCGCGUCUCGGUACGGCGGCUGGACGCCGAGCAGCAACCUGACGCUGCUCAUGAUCUACAUGCAAGCGUUCUUGGCCGACCCCGACUACAGCAAGCCGUCGGCCGCGGCCAUUGCGCGGCUUCGAACCAUGGACGCGGCGUACAAGUGCGCCGUCUGCGGCCACGACCCAGCCAUGAGCGAGAUCCCAGACAACGAGUCUGAGGUUAAGGAGGAGACCACGACGCUGACGCCGCACCUCGAGCGCGUCCGCCGUGAGAUGGUGUGUCCGAUCCGGAUGGAAAACCUCGUCGAGCACAACGUGCGUCUCGGGUACCCCCUGCGGGUCGACGCGGCGCCGCGCCGCACCACGAUCACUCUCUACCCCGAGAUCAUGUCGCGCGAAGCGUUUGACGAGGCGCUCGACGCUGCGACGACGCGUCGCGUGCCCCUGCGCACGCCAACAGGUCAGAGCUACACGGACUGGCUGCCAUUGUACUUGCACCCGUCGCACGUCGCGCGGCAUGGCAAGGACGUCGUCUUUGCACCCGUCGGCGACAUGACGUAUCUGGACGUGCUGCUCCGCGCGAUGAACUCGCAGAUCGUGGCCGUCAUGCAGGGCAACGAGCACGAGUCCGAGGCUGCAAUUGUCGCGUACGCCAACGUGCUGCGCCUCGCCAAGGCGUACCUCGCUGCGACGCCGUCGGCGCAGGCGACGCUCAACAGCCAAGUGGGCGCCUUCGUGCGCACGCCAUCGGAGCGGCGCAAGGCGGCGGUGCCGGACCUCGGCGAGUUCUUCAUCAAGAUCUGCCUCUCGAGCUCGCGCAACCACGACUUUGCCAAUCGCGACACCAAAGCCGCGCUCUUUGAAGAGCACUUUGCGCGCCAAGUGCGCUGGAUCCGGCAAGCUGACGCCGCGUGCGUCGACUUUAACGUCGCGUGUCCGAACCGCCUCGGACGGCUCUUUGCGGCGAGCGAGACCUCGAACCGCAUGCUCACGUUCGCGAUCGAGGUGUCGCGCACGUUUGGCGGCGCCGACUUUGAGGCGCAGAUGGACGCGCACUACGGCCUCCCGCCCAGCGCGGUGCUCCGCGCGUUCCAAGACCGCAUCAAGCGCAUCAAGUCGAGUCUGACCAACUACAACAUUCUGAUGCAGGCGUGGGGCUACAGCGACCAGAUCCAGUCGCCGGACGCGAUGCUUGCCGUCUUGCGUGCGGCCGUCGACCAGUCGGCGCGCGCCGGGUACGAUGUCUCGGGGCGUCGCAGCCAUGCGAACGGUCCGCGAGGCGGGAGCCACAGCCAGCGUGGUCGACACAACAACCAAAACCGUCGGUAUUAGUGUCUCUAGUGUGUAUUUAUGAACAAAGGUGAUGUAC